AUCUCUCAUUCUCUCUCUCCUCCUCCUCUCGGUGAGUCUCUAGGUGAGUCAAAAGCAGCCCUGAAUCAGGAAGUAGGAUGCCGUGACAGACAUUAGUAGGCAGAAGGAAAUGGGCACCACCACCACACAAUGUCACUAUGUCUGCUGCCGCUCCUGUCCAUGGUAACACAAGGACGAGAGGGAAGAGAGGCCACAGGGAAAUGACCCCAUCGUCGAUCAUGUUGCUGCUGGCUCUGACAGCCUGCCUGGCGGGGACUGUGUUCUGCCAGGGUGAUGAGGACACAAGUACUGUUGAAGAAACACAAACAGAAAAUGAUGCCGGGUUCUCAGUGGUCCCACCUGUAAGUCAUGCUACCCCUACACCAGACUCAUACCUAUCAUCUGAGAGUCCUUCAGAGGGAUAUGAGACUGAAGCUGAAGCUGGUUCUGGGUUCAGUUCAGGUGUCAAUUUAGAAGGGGAGGAUAAUUUCAAAUCCUCUGAAGCACCACUGGAGGACAGUCUGAGUCUCACCUUCGUCCUGGUUCCUGUUGUGCUGGUGGUCGUGAUAAUCGCCAUGGUAGUGGGCGUAGUCAUAAUCAACCGCAGAUGGAAUCGGAAAGGAAAGAGCAAUUCUGAUAACGUAGAAGAGGAUAAAUAUUUGCAUGGUAGCGAUGAUACAGAAAAAGUUCCAAUGCCCAUGUUUGAGGAUGAUGUCCCCUCUGUGUUGGAGCUGGAGAUGGAAGACCUGGAACAGUGGAUGAAUAAAGACGGUGGAGUUCGAAUGGACUCUGGACAAGGGAUCUAACAUGAGAUCAUGGCUCGGGAGAGGCAAAGGUCGAGUCAUGCAUCCUCCGAAACAUGAUCCGCCAAACCACAUUUCUCAACAACCGCCCGCCUAACCCGGAAGCCAGCUGCACCAAUUUGUCGGAGGAAACACUGCUCAACUGACGACCGAAGUCAGCCUGCAGUCGCCCGGCCCUCCACAACAGUCAUUUCUGUUCCCCCUGCAUACCUUGUUUUGAUACAUGGUGGCCACACACACACACACACACACACACACAAAUACAGAUACAGAGCGAGACAGAGUCUCACAUACACCCACACAUGCUUCUAUUAUCUCUCUGACACACACACUCACACGCACAGAAAUAUACACAUGACUGCACAAACACAUGCCUCACUUACUGACAUAAGGGCACACACACACACACACACAGUGACUGCUGAACUCUGUCCCCUAGUCCUCCUCUGUACCCAUCGUAACCUUCUAACCCUCUGAAGCAGGAAGAGUCCUGACAUCUGUUAGUGAUUACCACAGGCAUGCAUGGAAGUGUGGCGCAACAGGGCGUUGGGAUGGCCCCUUGUUCUCUCUCUCAGAAAGGCUGGGAGGGUCAAGGUCCAUUAGACUAGCUGUGAGCUCACGUCAUUCACACACAGCUUUUUUUCCCCCAGAGUUCUGUGGGUUUGCAGUGUGACAUAAGGGUGGAGGGUCAUAGACUACUCUCAGUUAACUGUGUAUGGCAGGCCUACUGUAGACCAGUGGAGGCUGGUGGGAGGAGCUAUUUGGAGGACGGGCUCAUUGUAAUGGCUGGAAUGUAAUAAAUGGAACCGUUUAAAACACAUCAAACAUGGAAACCACAUUUUUGACUCCGUUCCAUGAAUUCCAUUCCAGCCAUUACAAUGAGCCCGUCCUCCUAUAGCUCCUCCCACCAGCCUCCACUCCUGUAGACAGCAUGCCCUAUUGUAGACCUACUGUAAGUACGUAAAAUCAACUAUAAAUAUCUGUUGUUUCCAAUGGGGGAUUUAUGGACAGUUUGGUGUAGACUAGAGGAUCAACAUACCAGCUGAUUGUGAAAUGACAUCAUUCUCAUUCCUUCCCAAGGACCUUUGUGAGUUACAUACUGUAGGUCAGAGGGUUUGGUGUGACAACCAAAUGAAUGUUAAAACAUCACGUCACUCCUUCCAAUGAAGGAUGUUAUUCUAUUGAUUGUAUGAACAUGUACUGUACUGUAGUCGCAUGACCUCUCCCUGUCUGUCUGUCUCCUAUAGGCUAGUCCCUAAAGAGUCACGGAGUCAGUCAAUUCUCUCUCUCAACCGUCCUCUUGCUGUACUGCCGGUGACAAAGGACAUUUCCCCAUCGCAGGGAAGGACAUUCUGUUACCCAGCCGCACUGUAGACUUCUUCUAUUCAUGUCAAUGUCAAAGCAACGUCAUCAACCGACCACAUUGACAACAAGAAAGCAACACCUCCACCCAAGGUGACUGCAAAAAACAGGAAAUGCUGAAUUUAUUUUCCAUUUCAGCAUAAACAAAAGACAAGUAACAAUAAAUGCACAAGUUAAACUUUUUUAGUACGUAACAUCUUCAAAUCUGCGCACUCCACCGUCAAAUGUACUGUGGUAUAGACUCUAUGGAGAAACAGUGUGUGGCAAUAGUCCUUUCACUACACGGAUCCUGAUUGUGGUCGGCCUAAUAAUGAAUGCUUUUUGCAACGCCAUCAACUCAGUACAGUGCCUUUUUAGUCAUUGUUUCAAGUUCAUCUACACUUUUUAUGUGAUUGUUUUACUGUCUUUUGUAUUCAGCUGUCAUGCAGUGAGAGAGGGAAUCAGUGAGAGAGGAAGGAGUAAAACACAGGAGGUUGGUGGCACCUUUAUUGAGGAGGACAGGCUCGGGGUAAUGGCUGGAAUGGUAUCAAAUGCAUCAGACACUUGGUUUCCAUGCGUUUGAUGCCAUUCCAUUCGCUCCGUUCCAGCCAUUAUUAUGAGCUGUCCUCCCUUCAGCAGCCUCCUGUGGAGUAAAACAUGUAAAACUAUUGCUGAAAGCGGGUGUCGGUAGCCAUGUUCUGACACCCAGACAACAAUAUCAGGACUUGACCUCCAAAGAUCCUACAGGCCCUCCCCUUUACAACAUGAACACAUAUUCCAUGCCCACAGUAAAGCCAGACCAGAUGGUAUAUACCCUUAUUCCAACGGCCAACUGACCCAGUCCCAUGAUAGAUAUGAUGGCUCUAACCCAGUCCCAUGAUAGAUAUGAUGGCUCUAACCCAGUCCCAUGAUAGAUAUGAUGGCUCUAACCCAGUCCCAUGAUAGAUAUGAUGGCUCUAACCCAGUCCCAUGAUAGAUAUGAUGGCUCUAACCCAGUCACAUGAUAGAGAUGAUGGCUCUAACCCAGUCCCAUGAUAUAUAUGAUGGCUCUAAGCCAG